GCUUAUAUCAUCAUCUCACACCUCACUCUGUUUCUCUUACAGUGUGAAAAGAAACAACAAAAAAGCUCUCUUUGUGUUUUUUUAUUUUGCAAGCUUUGAGAAAGAGCAAAAACUCAAUGGGCUAAAUGCCUAUUUUCUCGAUUUGUAUAUAUGCUUUAUAGUUAAUGAGGAUAUGAGAGAAACUUGUAACAAUUUUUGUACGUCUUUGUAAAACAUGGGAAACCCUAGCAUUUCUAGCUCAAAAAGUAAGAAGAUGGAGGAGGAAGAGGGUUUAAAGAGUAUAGGGGAAAGUGAAAAGCCACCAGAAGAUGACUGUUGUCCCAUUUGCUUUGGAGAUUUCUCCAUUCCUUGCAAAACAAACUGUGGUCACUGGUUUUGUGCAAGUUGCAUAUUGCAGCUCUGGCGCUUCAGAUCAACGCUACAGAGAUGCAAGUGCCCAAUAUGCUGUCGCCCCAUCAGCAAGUUGGUACCAGAGGCAUCAUUACUUAUUCAACAGGAAAAGGAUGUCAUUGAACUCCUUAAGAAAAUUGAGUGCUACAAUCACCUUUACAUUGGUGGUGCCUAUGGGGUUUUUCUGAAGGUACUAGCAAUACCACUUUUAACGAGAAGAAUUCUCCGGUCUGUAAUGGAUGGACUGAUGAAUCCUGAUCAAAUUCGGUUAAACUAUUACCUGAUGCGCAUUCUUGCAUUGUUGCUGAGUUGGAUCUACUGUAGCUGCCAAUUGAAGUUCAUUCCUACUGGAGGAUUGGGAAUCUGGAGACUGUUUGACCUAUGUGCUAUUUUCAUGGUGGCCAUUUUCUCCUUGGCUGGCCUAUAUCAGAGGUGGGUGCUUCGUCGUCGUGUGAGACAGUUGGCUAUUCUACCAGCACAGCCCUAUUGAGCCUAAUGGAGAGUCCAUGCUGUGAAUAUAUCUUGACUUUUGUUGCUAAGAAAAUGACUCACUUGCAGAAAAUUUGAUUGUUAUUUCAACGGUAGCUCCCACUAAUAGGCCAUAUUAGUCUCACUCUAAUCAAUGAAGUGUUUAGCCUAGAUAUACAAAUGUGGACAGCUUUUGCUUCAGAUUCAAACUUCAGUAGAUUAUCCAACCAAUUAGUAACCCGAGGUCCCAGACAUUCAUUUAUUAACCGGAAGAAAAUAACAACAUGAUAUUCAGUUUA